AUGGCCUUGAAAGCAGUUGAACAUGGCGUUGAGGCAAUAGUCGUUUCAAAUCAUGGAGGACGGUCCUUACAUAGUACAAUACCUGCAAUACACGUGCUACCUGAAAUUGCAAAAGCUGUAAACGGAAGAUGUGAAAUUUAUUUUGAUAGUGGGAUUAGAAAUGGCGGUGAUGUGGCAAAAGCAAUUUGUCUUGGUGCGAAUGCUGUUUUCGUGGGGAGGCCUAUAAUUUGGGGUCUUGCUUGUGGCGGGAAAGAAGGCGCUCAAAAAGUUUUGGAAAUAUUACGUGAUGAAUUUGAACUCACAAUGAAAUUGCUCGGAGUUACUUCUAUCAAAGAAUUACAAUCUGUUCCCGAACUUGUCGUUCAUGAGUCAAAUAUUUUGUCACGACUAUAA